AUGGCUUGUUUUAAAGAGAUAACCAAAAAAAAGCGAGCAAAAAGCCCAGAGUGUGACAAGGCUGCUUUGGAUACAUCUGAAGAAAGACAUAUGAAUGCAAAAAUGAAUUUCUUGUCACAGCCUAAAACAAGAAAGUUAUCUUAUGAGGAACCAUCCUCUUUUGAAUCACUUAUUUACCAAUCACUAGAAGAUCAAAGCAAUACUCCGCUGCUUAGUUUCAACCUAAAUUUAGAUUCUGGAAGCUGGUUAUUAGAUGACAGCAACAUAUGUCUGAGCAAUGAAGAAAUCAAUGGCAACAAGCCUUGUACAAGCCAUGACUCUUUUCAUUUGAAGGAUGUGACUUCUGCUGACAAUAUAAAUAACCAGUUGAAUUUAUUAGUGAAAGAGUCUAAUUUUUGCAAUGCUAAAAGAUUGCAGCCUGGUUUUGCUACGAGUUCUCUAGAAGAUGAUGAUCAUAAAAAAUGGUUAUCAUUUUUUUCUAACUUAGUCACUCAAACUGAUCAUCAGCUCAAUAGAAAUGAUUUGGCUAAAUUAGAACCUGACAAACAGAAUACACCAAAUUUAAGUUUGAAAAAUAGGGUCCAGACUUCUCAGAAAAAUACCUGUAUAGCUGGUGACCCAGUUUCAGGCAUCUCCAUAGAACAGUCAUAUGAAGCCAAUACAGAUUUAACAGAAUAUUCAAGAUGUUCAAAAAAUCCUGGGCAUAAAGAUUUUCAUGCUGUUGAUGACCUUAAAGUUAGAAACCUACCAGUUGAAAUUCAGCAUGAAGACAGCUUGACUUUCUUUAACUGUGCUGCUCAGUUAGUUGUUCAAAUUUCAGUUUUCCAUACUAGUCCGGCCAGGGGUCCUAAAGAUAUGCACAGUCAUUACAUAGGAACACAAAAUAAAAGAAAUGGUUCUGGUUUUAUUGCCUCAGUGGAUAAUGAGAUGCUCAAAUUUAAAUGUAAAAAAAAUGCCUGCCCUUUGGAAUAUUAUAGUCAACGUCUGAAAAUGAAACCUUCACUGAUUUCUCGUAGUUUUAGUUCACCAAAUGGGAGUGAGCAGGAUGGAUCUGACAGACACCAUUUCUAUAGUGGAGUGUACAUUCACACUAAUAAGCAUGUCAUCUUUGAUAAAUCAGAGGCUGAAUGUGCAGUUGUCAAAUUUUUCUUCAAUUCUCCAGAUCAGACCAAGGUAGUUUAUGGCCAUGUUACUGCCAUAGUGGGUGUCAACAACAGUCAGGACCAUGUCACCCUCCAUGUCAUGUCACAUGACCGUAAUUUGUUUUACUUAAUCAGUUGCCUUCUGAAGGAUGCCAAGUCUAGCUAUCAUCAGAUGGUGAAAAGCACCCACAAGUCCCAGACAAGUCAUGGGCUUAAGCAUAGCCAGAGCUGGGUAGCUGUGAUAGCCCAUGCACAUGGGCUUUCUAAAGCCAUCACUUUUGGACACAUUAAAAAAGAAGAGGAAGAUGGGCUGAGGAUUGUCAAAUAUUAUGAUGCAGCCACAUGCCCAGGGAGCUCAGGUGGUCUAGUCAUGACACCGUCUCUUCUAAAACUUCAGUGGCCUGGAGCAGUGCACAGUGCUUGUGAUGUGGAUACUGGCUUCAAUGUUACGUUGGAUUCCAGAGUUCGUGAUUUGGACAAUCAGGUGAUUGGACAGAUUCAUGAAAAUCUCACGAGAAAACUUUCGGAAAGUAGUUUUCCCUCAAUAGAGGGACUUUUAUAAUUGUCAUAUCUAUUAUGAAUUUCAUGCACAUAUGUACAGAUUGAUGCAACUUUAAAAAUUAAACUAUUUAUUUAAU